AUGACAGACACCAUGUCAUCAACGACAUUAUGGCAAAAUCGAAAGUGCCUGUUUCUGUGCUGUCUUGUAUCAAUGGCGAACAUGCAAUAUGGGUUUGAUCUAGCUGCUGUUGGCUCGUUACAAGCCAUGCCUGGCUUCUUGAAAGUAUUUGGAUACCGUGACCCAAGCAGCGACACGGGCUACGCGAUUGACAGUACCGUUCAACAACUCAUUACAUCGCUUUUGACUCUAGGAUCAUUUGUUUCUUCCUUAGUUGCGGGUUACUUCUCAGCUUUCCUAGGCCGCCGCCAUGCUCUCUGGCUUGCCUGUGUUGUCAACGCAGUCGCAGUUGGGAUCCAAAUCGGAACUACAUCCGCCGGUGUACUAUAUUUCGGACGCCUACUACUGGGAUUUGCCAAUGGGUUCCUGGUCACUUUCUCGAAUAUAUAUACUUCGGAAGUAGCACCUGCUCACAUGCGUGGUGUUAUGGUUGCCUUGUUCGCAUACUGGGUGAACAUAGGAAGCAUUCUUGGCGCGUUGGUUGACAACUACACGCAAACGCGGCUCGAUCGACUGUCUUACCGGAUUCCACUAGCAUGUCUUUACAUCGUGCCCACAUUGUUGUUUUUCGCAUUGUUUUUCGUUCCGGAAAGCCCGAGAUGGUUGCUCCAUCGUGGUGAAAACAAGGCAGCUAGAAAGUCCUUGGAAAAGCUUCGGGGUGCUGCUUUUUCUAGAAUGCUAUCUCCACCGGGUGGGGACAGUGGAGAUGAGGUCGGGAGUGCUAGUAGCACAACUAUGGGGCCAUCGCUCUUGGAACUAGAGUGGGUGGAGAUGGUGAAAGGUGUAGAAGAGGAAAAACGCGAACAAGGAAAUGUGGCGGCGCUGGAUAUGUUCCGAGGUGUUGACCUUCGCCGAACCAUCCUUUGCUAUUGCAUGAUCGGCUGUCAAACUGCAUCGGGUGUAUGGUUCCUCAUAGGCUACCAAGCAUACUUCUUCACAGUUUGCGGUAUUACCAAAGCAUUCCAAUAUUCCAUCAUGAAUACCUGCUUUGGCUUCCUAGGGGUCAACGUCGGGAUGUACGCCAUCCGGGAAUUAUUCGGACGUCGCUCAAUCCUUAUAAUUGGCGCCAUCGGAUGCGGUUUAUGUCAAUUAGCGAGCGCUAUCGCUGCUACAGUGAGCCCCAGUACUCUACCAACUGGCAAGACUCUGGUGGCAUUCACAGCUUUGUUCAUGUUUUUCUAUAACGGCUGUGUCGGUGCUGCAAGUUACCCCGUCGCUACAGAGCUAGUCAGUUCAAGACUCCGUGCAUGGACUGUCGGGACGGCUACAUCUUUGGGUUAUCUGCUUGCUUGGCUAGUGAACUUUUGCACGCCAUAUUUUAUCAAUCCGGAGCAUCUGAACUGGGGUGCUCAAUAUGGAUAUAUCUGGGCUGGAUCGAAUUUCGUUUGUGUUAUCUUCUUUUACUUCUUCAUGCCGGAGAUGAAGGGACGCUCUUUGGAAGAGCUAGAUGAGAUCUUUGCUGCGCGUGUCCAAGCGCGCAAAUUCAAGUCAUACCACUGCCUGAUUCGGGAGGCAGCGAGGAUUGAGGCAGUAAAUGUGAAGGUUAGUCCGGACUCGGAGUAUGAGAAGAAUUGA